GGUGGAAUGCAUGCCUCCCAUGAUUGGAUUGGAGAAACAAGAAGAGAAACAUCCUGAUCUCUAUGUUUUGCAGGUUUAUGUCACUUUCAAAUUGACAAGAUGGCAGUCAUUGACCUCUCCCCAACGCGGGCUCUGCUUACAUAGGACUCUGCUCGUUUCUGUGUGAGAAAUACCGAAGAUGAAAAGAUGGCUGCUGGAUUUUCAACAAUCUGGUUGCAAGAACCAGUGACUUUUAGAGAUGUGGCUGUGGACUUCACCCAGGAGGAGUGGGUGAUGCUGGACUCUGCUCAGAGAAGCCUGUACAGAGAUGUGAUGUUGGAAAACUACAGAAAUCUCACAUCAGUGGAAUAUCAAUUAUGCAAACUUACUGUGAUCUCCCCAUUGGAUCAAGAAGAGGUAAGAACUAUGAAAAAGAGAAUUCCCCAAGGCAUCUUUCUGGACCAGAAGAUUCCACUGAAAACCAAAGAAUUAACUCCUAAGCAGAAUAUUUUUGGGGAGACACCAUCCAGUGCAGUGAAAAUGAUAAGAUUCACAAUGGAUAAUUUGUCCUACACAUUAAGAGAAGACAAGGAAUGCUAUAAGAUCAGAAAAAAGCUCAAGAUUCCAGAGGUAAGUUUGAAGCAAGUGACAUAUACCCAAAAGAACGCAGUGUCUCAGGAGAUAGACUACCGUGAAUUAGAGGAAAACUCUAAACUUAGAUCUAAACUUAUUUUUUCACAGAGAGUUUCCACCAGUAAACAUUGCCAGAAACGUGACUCAGAGAUUGAAUGUUUGAAACAUAAUGUAAACAAUUUUGAGAAAAACUCUGUAAGUGAGAAGCUCUGUGAAAGUCAUGAAUGUGAUAGAGCUCUAUGGCAUCUUGAGAGAACUGAGACAGCACAAAAGGAAUACACAUGCUCCAAGGAUGGUAUGUGCUUCAAACAUAAUAUGUUUCCUAUACGUAACAAUUUUCCUAUGGCAGAGAAUUCCUAUAAAUUUAAUAAGAACAAAACCUUUUGUCAUCAUUCAUCCCUUAAGCAGCAAGGGCCAGCUCAUAAUGGAGAGAAGCAUUAUGAAUGUAAUCAAUGUGGAAAAGCCUUCAAAAGGAUUUCUAACCUAAUUUUGCAUAGGAAAAGUCACAUGGGUGAGAAACAAUAUGAAUGUAAACAAUGUGGGAAAAUGUUCAAUGAUUCCUCAACCUUAAGGAGACAUGUAAGAACUCACACUGGAGAGAAACCCUAUGAAUGCAAUCAAUGUGGAAAAGCAUUCAGUCAAAAAACAUCCCUUAAGGCUCAUGGGCGAACUCACACUGGAGAGAAACCUUAUGAAUGUAGUCAGUGCGGAAAAUCCUUUGGUACAAGCUCUUACCUUACAGUGCACAAGAGAAUACACACUGGAGAAAAACUCUAUGAAUGCAGUGACUGUGGAAAAGCCUUCAACACAAGCUCUCACCUUCAGGUUCACAAGAAAAUACACACUGGAGAGAAUCUUUAUGAAUGCAGUGACUGUGGGAAAGUUUUUAGUGGUCUCUCGUCCCUUAGAAUACAUGUGAGAACACACACUGGAGAGAAACCCUAUGAAUGUGAAAAAUGUAGGAAAGCCUUCAGUGUUUCCUCUUCCCUAAGAAGACAUGUGAGAAUUCACACCGGAGAAAAACCCUAUGAAUGUAGUCAAUGUGGAAAAGCCUUCAGUCAGAGCUCUUCGCUUAUUAUACACAAGAAAAUUCAUACUGGGAAAGAAACCCUGUAAGGGUUUUGAAUGUGGAAUUGCCUUUCUCAUUGUCUUAAGGUGGAGCCCAAGCUCAUUAUUUCAAUCUUUGUUCUCUAAAAUAAGCAUUUAAGGCAAUAAAU